AAGUUGGCCUACAUUUUUCACAACUAAAUUUUACUUUGCCCGAGAACAGCACUCACACUAAAUCUACUGAGUUAUCGAUUUGAAAGACUAUAAAAUAUUUUUUUGAAUAAUGAACUAAUUUUCAUUGUUUCCAUUUUUUGAUAUAAAGAAACCAAUAAGCCUUAAUCCGACCAACUAUCAAAUUUAUUGAUAAUUCGGACAAACAAAAUUCGGACAUAUCAGGAAAUAUACUUAGAUAAAGCUUAUAUUUUAUGCAAAUGAACCAGCUCAGAUUAAGUGAAAAUGGUCAAGUCCAAGCAAACAGCUCACUACCUCAACUGAAGAAGCAUGAUGUACAUCAAAACGAGUAUCUGUUCAUUAAAUUAAAAAUGAAUGCCAAUGAAUAAACAGCGGAAAAUUUUCCUCAUGCACUUCAUGCCGACGUGCGUUGAAUGUUCAAGACGAUUCCCGAGCACUUAUUGCCGAUGCGGGUUAAAUAUUCAAGACGUCUAGGUCGUGCAGGUGUAUUGUUAUGUCUACGUGGUAAUACCAUGACAUCUGGACUUCCUCUCCCGCCUGAGAAACCUUUAGAAAGUGACUGCUGUGGUCAAGGGUGUGUGCCUUGUGUUAAAGAAAUUUAUGAGGAAAACCUUAUCAUUUGGCAGAAUGAGUGUGAAAAGAUUCACUUAAAACCUCAAGAAGUGGUGAACAAUUUACCAUCUGAGGUAAAUGAACCUCUUCUUGACCUGCUUGAAUAUCGACUUUUCACUAUUAAACACAUAGAGGAUGAACCUGAUGGGUGUAAGAGAUAUCAAUUUCAGUUGCCGACUGGAAGGUCCUUAGGGCUUAAAACUGGUCAACACAUUAUUAUAAGAGCACACAUUGACGGAUCUACUGUUACUAGGCAAUAUACACCUGUCUCAGACGUGGAGCAAAAGUCAAGUUUUGAACUGCUUAUAAAGGUAUAUAACAGAGGGAAGAUGUCCCAAUUUGUACGUUUGUGGACUAUUGGCACAUCUGUGGAUAUUCGUGGUCCCUGUGGAUCAUAUAAUUACAUACCUAAUCAGUACCGAGUUUUGUACAUGUUCGCUAUUGGAACCGGCAUUGCGCCCAUGUCUCAAGUUAUAAACACCAUCUUAAACAACGAAGAAGAUGAGACUGUUAUCCGCCUUCAUUAUGGGUGUCGUUGCUAUGGUGAUAUAUUGCUUAAGUCUCGCAUUGAUGAUUGGUCUAGAUACUGGAACUUCACUUGCACAUACUACCUCAGUCAGGAAGAUACUUAUACCAGCAAUAAAGCGUAUCGCUAUGGUGACAAAAUAGUCAAGAACAAAAUUGACGAGCUCUCCGUGAGGUCAGCAAUGAUAAAUUUUACCAGUGACAGCUUUGUGCUUAUAUGUGGGACACACGCGUUUACAGCCGAUAUGUUAGAUUUUCUCAGUGCUAUAAAUAUUCUUAAAGGUAACAUUCAUAAGUUUUAACACACAUUAUGGGAUAGUAUUUAUUUGCUGUUUAUUUGUUCCAUAGGGAGUGUUGAGGAAAAACAUUAAGGCACCUAAAUAAUUUCUUGUAUCAACAGAACAAUUCAUAAAAACAGAGAUGAGAGAAGAAUGCUUCCGUUUUCGUUUUCAAUUUAGAGCAUCCAUUAGGUCAUGUUCAGAAUAUUUUUAUGAGAAUUGGUGAAUGGCAAGUGAUAAUGAAUCUAAAUGGCUUUAAAAGAAAUACCCUUGUUAUGCAUUUACUACGACUCUAAAUGAAUAAGGGAUUAUUGUCUAUUGAAUUUUAUUGAACUCUUAAGUAAAUAAAGUAUGUUUCUCACA